AUGGACGUACUGCCGUUGAAUUUCCGAGUUCUGCAAUUCUGCGGCGCGUGGAGCGAAAAGAAGAACGAUAAAAAUAUUUUUAUUCGCUUUUUCAAGCUUUGCUACAAGUACGCGAUAGUAAUUCUGAUAUACGAGUUCACGAUAUCGGAAGUGAUCGAGCUUAUACGGACACGUGACCACAUCGAGGAUAUAACCGAAGGACUGUUCCUAACUCUAACUUAUGUAGCUUUGUGCAUUAAAUACGGAAAUUUCUUAGCGAGACGAGACGAAGUGUCCGUGUUGCUGGAUUGUCUUCGCAGCGAAACGUGUCAACCGAAGAAUCACGAGGAAAGAUCGAUUCUGACUAAGUACGACCGCAAAGCCAAGUGGUGUGUUAAACUUUUCAUGAGCAUCUCGCAAGCCACCUGCGUAGCUCUUGUGCUUGCCCCUAUCGUGGGACCUCAGGAUACCGACAGACCUUUGCCGUUCAAGACGUAUCUGCCGUACUCCAUAUCCAGCUUUUACACGUAUUUGGCGACCUAUCUUCAGCACGUGGGUGCCAUAUUUUACGGUGUUUUGCUCAACGUCUCGUUUGACUCUCUCGUCUACGGUUUCACCCUUCACGUCUGCGGCCAGAUCGAGCUGCUGUGCCACCGUCUGUCGGAGAUCUUCAAGAAUCCAUCCGACAUGAAGCGAUGUCCGAUUGACAAAAAAAACACGAUGAUCGACCAGUGCGUGAGGCAUCACUUACAUGUGCACGAGCUCGUGCGCAGGCUACAGUCGUUGUUUGUGUGGACUGUGACGAUUUUGUUCGUUUUCAGUAUGGUCACCCUGUGCACCAGUAUUUUCCAAAUGUCCAAGAAGAGACUGUUCAGCAUUGGAUUUCUCUCGCUGCUGUUGUACCUCGGCAGCAUGCUGUUUCAAGUGUUCUUUUACUGCUGGUACGGAAACGAGUUGCAACUGAAGAGCAAAAGCAUCAGCGACUCUAUUUAUUCGAGCAACUGGACGAUUGCCACGACGCACAAUCGUCGAAGUCUGCUUCUCAUGAUGAUCAUCAGCCAAAGAGGACUGAAAUUAUCUUAUUACGGCAUUUCUAGUUUGGCUCUUGACACUUUUACUUGGAUCUUGAAAAUGUCCUACUCGACCUUUAACGUACUGCAACAAACGUCGAUGUAA